AUGUCGGAAAACGACGACGACUUCAGCGCGUCCGAAGAUCCGUGCAUUCAAUUCGACCCAUCAGAGACUGAAGACGAGCCCCGCAGAUUCAACCCUCAGAGACGGGAGACGCGAACACUCAGCCUACGAACGGAUAUCCAAGUGAGACGCAAGCUUGAGCAAUGGAAUGCAACAAGGCAAAUACUCUCCUUGUGGCACUCCUACCUAUUGCUGAUCGUUGCUUGUGCAAUUGCUUGCUCUGUAUUGGUAGUCAUACUUUUCUGGCACGUGGACUGGUACCGGACGUACAGAGAAACAACCGACGAGUUGGAUUUCCAGCUACACUUCCUGGCCACGUUCAUCAAAAGCUGGCUGCUGGUAAACCUUGGUAGCGAGAUCUUGCGAUUCUGUUUCCUGUUGGCAGUGGACAGCUGGCGUCAUGAUGUUUUUGAAGCAUACCGGCGGUCAUUGUGCUUUUCGUCCUUUGCAGAAAUUUCUGCUGGAACAUUUUAUGUUUGUGGUUGGCCACAGCCGCUCGGGCACUGCCGAAAGUAUGCAGACGUGGUCUUCCAACUGCUAAUUUACGGUACUCUUGACGUGCUGCCCAUCGUCAUGCUUGUGCUCAACAUCUUGACCUGGAGGAUUCACUACAUGUUGGCCAGCUCGCUGUUAGUUCUUGCCUGUUUACAUGUGGUGCUCUUUCUGACGGCCUGGACGAUGGGCAAUGUGUCGCUCAAGGCCAAGGCAUUUGUGGCUGCGUGGAACACCAACAUCCUCCGAGUUUCCCGGCUGGGGACUGGCACUCGCGUGUUGCCUAUUGGACGCUUAUCGCGCGAGACCACACCGGCAUCCAUGCUACCAGACCAUGAGAUUGAAAGCACCGUCGUGGCCGAAGAUUUGGGAUCUGAUUCCAGCGACGACGAAGAAGAGAGCAGUGACGAGGACACGGGGCAGUUGCCGAACCAGGCUUUGGAGAGCCACGGUCACGUUCUGGUCAACGAGCACUUGGUAAAGAAAGCCGAGUCGCUCGCAGCCUGGAGUGGUGACAAGCCGGUUGAUGUUUGUGUGCCUUGUUGCACGGCUUACCAUUUCGUUUGCAAUGUGAUGCCCCUGCUGCUCGCCCUGGCGGCGACUCUCUAUGGCUUGGUUACAAGCAAAGCCGCUGUCGUUGUGAUCGGUGCCCAAGCGACCGCCAUGAUUAUCACCCUCACGCACAUAGGCAAGCCAGUGAUCCGCUCGAGGUGGUCGCAAACUUUUUGCGGCUCCGAGGCCCGCCUCCGACAUUUGGAGGAGUGGGGGGAGAUCUUCUGUGGGUUGAAGUACAUGUCCCAGCUGAAGGCACGAGCGCCUUUGUGCCUGAUGGUCUUCUUCAUGGGCGUUCUAGCUGGAGCUCUAGAAUGGUGGUAUUCCAUGUGGUGCUGCGCAUUGAUCCUUUUGGCAUGCUUCACUGCCCAACUUGCGGUACUAUUCCUCAAACCCUGGACCUGGUUGGGUGGAAUUCUGGAGAGCUUCAGCCUGACCUUGUUUUGUUUGCUUGUCUUGUGGCACAACCCGUUGCUGAAUGCAUGGCAAGAUAGCCUUCUUCUGGGCAUCCUCCUCAUUCCCCGCGAGUUUGGCUUGCAGAAGCGGUUGGCAGCAGGAGAGCGGAUACGGUCCUUGGCACUUUUUGGAUUGGGAAGCUUCCAGUUUGCUUUGAUCUGUGUCAUUUGCAACUGCAUGGCUGUGGAGCGGAAGUCCGCCACAGAUUCCAUGUUCUGCUUGAUGGGUGACCCGAAGUGCGUCUAUUACCCCGUCGACUACCGCGGUGCUUUGGGCGGCCGGUGGCCUCUUUGUCAGAUGGAUUUUCCAAUCCACAACGGAGCCACGCUCUCAUUGGCCGACUUCGGUUUGAUGUCUGCCUUCACUUACGAACCGGCAAACGAUGUGCAGAGCUUGCUAACCCAGUACUUCCCUGGCUGGCGUGUCGCCUACGCUCACCUUCCACUGGCUUUGAGGAAAGGACAACAAGACGUCCCUGAUGUCACCACUUUCUUCGAAUUCGCUUCUGCAGACAAUAGCACCGCGGUUUUUGCCGUGCGCGGCACGACUGAUUUCUUCGAUGCAUUACAAGAUAUGGAUCUCUGGCUGCCAGUGUUCAUGAUGUACAUUUUCGAAAACCUGGGCCCCAACGUUGUGAAGUUUUGGGGCCCUUCCAUUGCCUGGAUUUGUCGCCGCGUCUACAUGCUGCAGGAUGCCAGGUUCACCCUGACCUUCAUGCACCUGCUAGAGGAGGUGAAAGCGCGAAUGAAAAGCCACCCUGACCGGAAUUUCUACAUCACUGGGCACUCUCUGGGCGGCGGCAUCGCAAAGCUCGUUGCUGCCGAAGUUCAACGAGAAGAGCUGCAACAUGCAGGUCGGCAUGUGGAAAUGACUGCCGUGGCAUUCGCAGCACCAGGUAUUGGGGUGGCCGAAGCCCUGCUGUUCGGCGAGGACAAGCUGUCGACGAAUCGCUACACCUCCGUGACGGUACGUCCGCGGCACGACAUCGUUUCUCGAAUUGAUCACAACACGGGGGCCACCAUCCCCGUCGACGCGCGGUUGCUGAUGAGGCGCUGCUUCGGCUCGAGGGCGGCCUUGUCUUUUCCAGAGCCCCUCGGCCCCUCGGACAGCCCGUGCGCCAUGAGCCCGCGCUACCACGUCGGCCAGCUUGUAGUUGUCCGCGACAGCGUGGAGGAGAACUGGCACUGUGCGAGGGUCUACCAGGUGACGCCGCAAGUUUUGGUGAAGAGACGGCCGCGAAGUACCCCAUCAAAGUUUAACUUCGUCAAGCCAUUGGAGGCCAUGGACGACAACGAACGACAGAAAGUGCUAGCUUUGGAGCAGCAGCUGCGAAACCGGGAAGACAUUGGCCCUGAUCCACCUCCAAUGGGUCUUUCCGCUGAGGAGCAGAGUGCCUAUCCCGUCAUUUCCGCGAGGGCAAACUCCACUUUCCUCAGCUUGAUCUUACUCAUUGGCAGCCUCAGCCCUGUGAUCCUAAACAACUUGUGGCUGAUGAGCGCCAACGCAGUCAAUGCCGGGGACGGGCGCCAGCAGUUUUGGUGGUACGCUCUGGUUUUCGACAACUACUUCAUGGUGGUCAAGGGCAUGAUGUUUGCUGCGUUCUUUUAUGCCUUCCUGCCACGACCAGCGAAAGGUCAUACCAAGCUUGUCUACAUGCUUCUGGCGUUCAUGUGGCCGCUGUUCUCUUUUGCCAUCCAUCUGUUUUGGCUCGGGGUGGACUCUGUCGAUGACUCGGGCAACUCAUGGGGCCUAAUGAAGCUCAACUUCCCCAUCGGAGCAUCGACAGCUGUGUUCACCUGGAUGCCGGUGUGCCUUUAUGUACAGUAUGCACGAGAUGAACGAUUCUUUGCCUUAAAGCGAUUCGUGGUCAUCAUUGUCAUCCUCGUCGCAGACCUCAUCUUUAUAAGCUCCUCCCACCUUGUCCUGCUCCUCUUCAAGUCAUUCAAAGAUGGAAACUUUGGUCUCACAGAGUCGGGCGUGGAAGGUUUGGUGGAGCUGCUCUUCCUGCUUGGCUUCACGCAAGGCUGGGAAAAACUAGCCUCGGAAUCUAGAGCAUUGUGCUUCAGCUUCGUUUGA